GAUACCUAUUGGUUUACGAUUGAUAAUCUAUUGGUUUAUUUAUCUUUUUUUCAAGAUACCGGUCCAUUAAAUUGUGCUUGUCUUUAUCGAUUUUGUUUACAUUUACAUGGUUUAUUAGAAGAUCAUGUAUUAGAAGGCAGACGAAUCAUUAUGUAUUCUUCUCAAGAUCCUGAUAAACGUGCUAAUUCGGCUUUAUUGAUCUCUUUGUAUUGUAUGAUCGUUCUGAGGUGGAGUCCUGCUGAUUCACUUCAUCCGAUCUCUCAAUUACAAAUCCAACCAUUUAGAGACGCAGGAUACUCAAGAGCCGAUUUUCAAUUAUCAAUUCAAAAUGUAUUAUAUGGAGUGAAACGAGCGAUCGAUUUAAGAUUAUUGAAAUUAGAUGAAUUUGAUUUAAAAGAAUAUGAAUGUUUUGAAAAGGUAGAGAAUGGAGAUUAUAAUUGGUUAUCACCUCAUUUCAUUGCAUUUGCUUCACCGGUUGAACCACAAGGUGGUAGGAUUGGUAAAUCAUUUAAAAUGAUUUUAGAUCAAUUUGAAAAAGUUGGAGUUAGAUUAGUGGUCAGAUUAAAUAAAAAAUUGUAUGAUGAAAAUCGGUUUUUAGAAAGAGGAAUGGCUCAUAAAGAAAUGUAUUUUGAUGAUGGUACAAAUCCUACAAUGGAAAUGGUUAGAGAGUUUAUUACAAUGUGUGAUCGAAUCAUUGAAGAGGGUGGUGUAGUUGCAGUGCAUUGUAAAGCAGGAUUAGGUAGAACAGGUACUUUGAUUGGAGCUUAUCUAAUUUAUAAGUAUUCCUUUACGGCUGAAGAAGUGAUUGGAUUUAUGAGAAUCAUGAGACCUGGAACAUGUGUAGGACCUCAACAACAUUUCUUGUAUGAAAAUCAAAUGACAUGGAUCAAAUGG